AUGACCUCAGCAAAGCAAAAGCUGUCCCGUCGCAGCUGGACGAAGGACACCUACUUCAUCUCGACAGACACAGCCCUUAUUCCAAUCGCCGAGCUCAAUGCCGUCUUCGCGUCUGACCUUUUCUACUGGGCAGAUGCCUUACCGGAAGACGUACUGCGCGAGACGCUCGAAAACUCACUCUGCUUCGGCGUGUACGAGGACCUUGACACGAGGCCGAAUGCUGAAACGGCUCAAUCCAAGCUCAUAGGCUUUGCCCGCUGCAUUACCGACUUCACGACCUUCCUAUAUCUCACCGACGUCUACAUCGAUACCGAUUUCCAAGGCAAAGGACUUGGUGCUUGGCUAAUUACAUGUGUGCAAGAAGUGAUCAAGGAGAUACCGCACCUGAGGCGGAGUUUGCUGUUCACGAGCGGCUGGGAGAAGACUGUGCCAUUCUAUGAGAAGUUGAUGGAAAUGAGCGUGCUGGAGUGCAAAAGACCGGCUGAGGGAGAGAAGGGUGAAGGUGUGGCUAUCAUGCAGUGGAGGGGGCCGGCAUUCCCAGACGCUUUGCGAUAA